AUGUUUACGGCAAGAGUAUUCGUGCCAAUUGGCAAGCAGAUUAUCAGAUCGUACUCGCAGACAGCUGCAAAACGCACACGCUCGUACGUUCCGCUGUAUGUGCUCGCAUUCACCGCUGGUUUAGGCCUGUCUUACAAGUAUUCCGCCCAGGAGAUAGUGGACCAGUUCAUCACUACCCCACUGCCAACCACGCCGCAGGAGACGGAGAAAUAUCAGCAGGAACUAGAGAGUAAGUUGCAACAAGUGCCGGUCGUUGCAGACCUGUCCAAAGACCCGAAAUAUGUGGCCAUGCGCGCGUGGAACCAGCUGGACACCGUCAAGGACGGCAUCCAUCAGAAACUCAACACACCUGGCUCCAUUGCCAUUGCGCCAAUCACAUUCCACAACCAGGAGUCCGGAGAGUCCAUCAGUGUUGUUCAUCUGGGGAAAAAGCUGUGUGGAUACCCAUUUCUGGUCCAUGGUGGCAUUAUCUCGCUGGUGAUCGACGAGACGCUGAAGAAACACUGCAUGCUACAAAAUGGGCUGCAAAACCCAGCAAAGGUCCACACGAAAAGCCUUACGCUAAACUAUAAGUUCCCGACGCUCAGGCGUUAUGCUGGCUGGGAAUGGUAA